CACCUCUCCUCGCGUCCGUCGUUGCCAUGGAGGAUUCGGUGGAGCAGCUGAGGAAAGAACUGGGAGAGCUUCGACGAGAGAUCCAGGACUUGUUGGAGAAACAAGACCGGCUUCAACGCAGAUUGGAGGCAAUGGAACACAAGGCGCCCUGGUCGCCCUCCGUGCCCUCCGUGGCCACUCCAGCGCCUGCCUCGGGCGCGCCGGUCACGGUGGCGCCGCUGAACCAGGCGCAGCCCUUGUCCAAGAGGCUCGAUGUGGCCCUGGGCGCCGAGGCGAAACGGCGAUGCGUGGAGAUGGUCGAGGAGGCUGAGGAGGAAGUGCAUGAUCGAUUGCCAUCUCGAAGUCCGCCGAGUACAGCUCCUGGUGUGCCAUAUGUGCAGGUGGAAUCCCCGGUGGCUGCUGUUCGCUUCGCCGGUUGUUUGGCCCGUGCCUGGGACACACUGCAGCUGCUUCUGCGCUGCUUGGGGUUUCGCAGCAGCGCACGCUUGGCGUGGAGCUCUUGGGACUUGUUGAAACCAAUCCAAGAAGUGGCAUUUGCCUUCGAGCAUUGGUUCCCCAGUCGCAUCUUGGUGCUGGGUGGCAACGCUGGCAACGGUGGCGCGAGCAGAUCUGUGGAACUCUUCGAUGGAAAGUGGCAACAAGUUGCCGACAUGGACCGCGGUCGCGCUUCUGGGGCUGCUGUGUGCACCAGCGACGGCCGUGUGUUGGUCAUGGGUGGAAAGGAUGGAGACACAGCUCUUGACUCUGUGGAGGAGUACAAUCUCGACAGCAACACCUGGCAGACUGUGUCGCCUUUGAGAAUCGCACGCUGGGGAUGCGCCGCGGUGGAGUUCCGGAACCAGGUCUAUGUGAUCGGUGGGCGGAAUACCGAGCCCGUCCUCCAGUGCGAGAGCCUUUCGAGGUCCGAGUGGUGCAUGGCGCCGAGCUUGAUUGAAGGCCGCACCUGUCCAACAGUGGCGGUCCUGGGCGGCGACCUCUUCGUGCUAGGCGGAACCAGUGGCUCCACAGUGGAGCGUCUCGAUCUUGAGGCAAGUCAGUGGACCAUUGAGCCUUUGCCAGCGCAGGUGCCCCUGCGCGUGGCGCCCACCAUGGCUUGGAGCUCGUACCAGGGACUGGUCUCCAUCGGAGGAGCGACCACAGAGUCGCCGACCACUGCCCUGGCCCGAAGUGAAUGUCUGAAGCUUCAAUUUGGGCAGGCGUCUUGGGUGCAACUGCCCAGCUGGAGGAUCCCACGGUUGUCCCCAGCGGCCGCCGUAUCUCCCGAGGGCGACAUCUACAUCCUUGGCGGCCGCCAUAACAAGGAGGCCAGUGUGCUGGCGGAGCGUUGGGCUCUGGAAAGCCAUUCCUGGCGGGACAUGCCUCCAAUGCUCACAGCGCGUGAGAGCGCCGCCUGUGUCAUCGUGAGGGUUAACAGCUCCGAAGAGAAUCGUGUGUUUAUUUUAGUGGAGUUACCCAAGCAGGCCGUCCAAUUGGCGAACGCCACCGGCAUCUAUCGCAGCACUUUGGCGGAUGCGCUCCUGCGGAGACAGCGCAAGGCGGGACAAAGAGCUCGCCAGCUGCUCCAGAAAGGGCUGGCCUUUGAUGCCACGAAGACGGAGACGGGAGCCGAGUUGCCCCGGAAAGGCACAGCCAUCGUUCUGUAUGCAGCACAUGAUGCCAGCAUUACGAUUAGUGUGGAUGGCAAGAUCCAAUGUGUUCUUGAACUGGAGCGCUUGGUUGGCAUCCGUUACUUCUGGCCACCCAUGGAGGACCCCGAAGCCAGUUGGCUUCAUGCCCUUCGUGCGGUGCAAGAGAAGUGCGACUGUGAGGACUUCGGAAAGUGUCCGACCAGUUUUGACUACGGCGCGGUGGUCCUUUUCGAGGGUCCUGAGAUGGAGCCUAGGGCCGAGUACAGCGCGUUGCCGCUGAUUGUGGAGAAGGUCUUUCCGGUCAAGGAAUGGCGCUUGGUGGAUCAUCAUGAAGCGCACGCGCGGAUGGCUUUCUUUCUGUCACCCUUUCGGGACGCCUUGAUCUUGAGCUACGACGGCGGUGGUAACGAUGGAGUCUUCAACGUCUACUACGGCCGCCAGGAGGAAAUCCUGCGGCUGGGCCAACUCCGGUUGGACCUGGGCACCAGAUAUUCGAUGCUGGCUGCGAUCAUGUCUGAAAUCUCCAGUCGAAACGUGAGCCAAGGCUGCCAGAACUACUACAGGGAAGAUCCCGAUCUCUCACUUCCAGCAGAAAGCCUGUUGAAUAUCGUGUCGCAGGUUGAUUUCUCGCUGAUUGAUCACCUCAGUUGGACUGGCAAGUUGAUGGCCUAUGGGGCGCUGGGUGCGGAACCCCGAUGUCGAGGGAUGACGAUCAAGGGAAGUCGACGUGCUUCAGUGCCUGCAAUUGAAGAGCUGGUCUCCAUGUAUCUUCGUGACAACUCCCGAGGACCCGCCUGGAUGCCUGUGGGGCUGCUGCGCUACGGCUGCGAGUCCCUGCAGAACCAGCGGACCAUUGCGGCGGCAGCACAGGUGCAGUUCGAGACUUAUGUCCUGGAAGUGGUGAGAACAAUUCUGAAAGAGUUGGGACCUUUGGGACUACCACAACCUCAAGGUCUCGUAGUGACAGGUGGUUGCGGGCUGAAUGUCCUGGCCAACCAGCUGAUUCACGACACCAUCUUGGUGAAUAGCUCCGACGGCCCCAUGGGGAUCUACGUCCCAGCAGCCCCCAACGAUUCUGGGCUCUCCGUGGGUGGCGCGUGGGCGUUGGUGCAGCCCCCCAGAAACCAAGUGCUGCAGUACGCUGGCUUUCGCCUCUGGGAUGAAGAGCAGCUGGAAGAAGUGGCGCGAGCUUGGGGUGCGAGACGAUUGAGCCAGCUUGGCGGCGUGGAACAUUUGGCCGAGCUUCUGAGCCAUGGCCCACCGGGCGAGAAACCCAUCGUUGCGGUGGUACGAGGGCGACAAGAGUUCGGUCCCCGUGCGUUGGGACAUCGCUCUCUGUUGGCAGUACCCGACUCCGCAAAGAUGAGAGACCGGAUGAAUCGUUUGAAGAGCCGGCAGUGGUUCCGCCCAGUGGCGCCCAUGAUCGCCGACGAGGCGCUCCCUGAGGUCUUCGGGCGCGAGGUGAAGUCACCGUAUAUGUCGAUGGCUCCACGCGUCUUGAAGGAUGUCCUGGAACGCUUCCCUGCUUUAUCACACUUGGAUGGUACUGCACGGCAUCAAUCAGUAGGUGAAGCCGAUGAGCCAUGGAUCCAUCAGUUGCUACUGGCAGUGGCCAAGCAUACCGGCCUGGCGGCGCUGAUCAACACCAGCUUCAAUGCGCGGGGGCAGCCCAUAGCCAACAGCAUCAAGGAGUGCUUGAAGAUGUUGACCGAACUGCCUGACCUGGAUUAUGUUCCUCGGUCGUCACUGGGGAACCGAUUUGGACACAGAAAAAAAGGAUCAAAAGCCGCGCUGGUCAUGUAG